GUUUCUGGAAAUUCAAGGAGAGUGUGGAAAACAACUGAACUGAUUUGUAGACCUAUUUAAGGUUGUCAGAGAUGACUCUGGUUCUGUCCAUGAAUAGAUUCUGUGAUCCUAUUGUUUCGGAAGGAGCUGCCGAAAUUGCUGAGUACCAGACACUAUGGGAAUCCGACUGCUACAGCCACUCCAGCCCCUCGAGUCCUCUCCCAGCUCCCCCACAGGGGGACAGAGGGGCUUGCCACUCCCUGGCAGGAUCACAUUACAGGGGAAUUUCAAAUCCUAUAACAACAUCCAAGAUCACAUACUUUAAGAGGAAGUAUGUGGAAGAAGAGGAUUUUCACCCACCACUCAGCAGCUGUAACCAUAAAACCAUCUCCAUUUUCGAGGAACGAGCUCACAUCCUUUACAUGUCCUUAGAAAAGCUCAAGUUUAUCGACGACCCCGAAGUCUAUCUCCGAAGAUCUGUGCUUAUCAAUAACUUAAUGAAAAGGAUCCACGGAGAAAUUAUCAUGCAGAAUAACUGGUGCUUUUCUGCCUGCUCCUUCAGCGGAGCCUCCGCCCAGGAGUGGUUCAUGGCUCAAGACUGUCCUUACCGCAAGCGGCUGCGCAUGACCAAGGAGGACUGCGAGAAGUUCCACGCCUGCUGCUUCUACCAGGAAUGCGGCGCUCACUACCUAAACUUGCCCUUCUCUGUUGGGGCUCACGGGGGAGGUUCCUCCGCUUCAUCCUCCUCCUCCUCUUCCUCUUCCUCCUCCUCCUCUUCCUCCUCUUCUUCCUCCUCCUCUCCUCCCCCCAUGUCUUUGCCCAGUUGUUCCCACCAGGUGGAUUACGGCCUGGGCAGCGCCCCUCUGUACAGAAGCGACGACCAGAUACCCGCCAAUGAGAUCUUCGUUACGAACGCCAGGGCUCCCAGCGUGCAGGAAAAGGCCAAAUUAAGCGACGAGAAAGCGAGUCACGAAGCCGAGAGAGAUGGCCCGAGAGGCGACCACGCUCUUGAAUGUAAAGGCAAAUUCUAUGAUUAUUUUGAGACUGGGUGUCACGAAAAAAGCAAUGUAAGUGAAUCUUGGAAAAAAUCUUUAAGGAAAAAGGAAUCUUUACCGAGUAAUAAACUGUGCUGCAGCAAAGGAAGUAAAAUAUGAGCCAUCUUUUUGCUGUAACUUUGAAGCAUGCACAGCAUGAUCAAUUAGCUAUCAUAAAUUUUAUUUUGAAUGGAUUUUAUAGUUUUGUACAACUGAUACAAUUAUGCCAUGAACAUGUCGUGUAGUUUUUAAUGCCUGGAGAGCAGAUUGCAUAAAACAUCUGUACAGUCUGCAUCAGUGAGCUCCUUAUAAAUAUGGAGAUUCCACAGAGAAGACAGUUGAAUGACUGCUUACAAGUCUAUCUUAGUUUCGUAACAGAAGAGACCAAUAGAUCACAUUGGGGAUGAGGAGCCCUUUGAUACGUCCCUUGCCUCGCAGGGAGUCUUUCGCUAACUAAGAAACUUCGUCACGUUUGCCAAUGAAUUAGCUAGUUAAUUUGGCGACCACGUCCACAUUGCCAGCUAGGGUUAUCCACUUCCUACAUUACGAUACAGUAUUUAUUCUGAGUCAGAGACUGGAUCUAGUGAACCCAGGUGAGCUGGCUUCACACUCUGGUACAGACCCUGUUAAAUCUUGGUAUUUAACGGUCUUGGGUGACUGAAGAAAUUGGUAUGUAAUAUAAUGAAACACACCUGUUUAUGGAACCAUAAUAAAAAACAAACUAUGUGGAGUAAAAUCACUUGCAAGUCUCUAGCUUGCCUGUGAUGAGUAAAAGAGGUUUUUUUUGGAGGUCUGUUGUUAUACAGGGCGUUUUUUGGUGCCUUACUUUUAUCUUAAUUUUUGCCACGGUGAAAAUUAAGGAUAAAAAUCAG